UUCUGCAGGCAGCACGCAUGCUACAGUUGGACAAGAUUGUACAUUACUGUACGUUGUACGUUGGAGGUCGCAGUGACUCUGACAAUGACUAUUACGAUGACGACUUUUACUUUGACAGUGACCAUAACCCUGACAAUUACCAUGACCGCGACCGUGGCCAUGAACAUGAAUCCGCCAACUGGUUCAGAAGGAGGGACAGACAAUCAGAAGACGGAUCCCGUAGCUUCAAAAACCGCGCCCAAGGACGCGAGCUUCUUUCUGAACUUGUCAGCCAGCGGAAGAGCGGGGAAUUGCUUGAUAUAGUGGUGGAUGUCGAGGGUAGGGAGUUCCCCUGUCACCGGGCUGUGUUGGCAUCCACGCCGUACUUCAAGACCAUGCUGUCGUCAGACUUCGCUGAAAGUAGUUCAAGGGACAUAAAACUGCACGAGGUUGACUUCACCAGCUUCUGUAAGAUCCUGGACUUCCUGUACACCGGGAAAAUCCGCAUCGGUAAAGACGACGUCCAGAACAUUCUGCAGACGGCUCAUAUGCUACAGUUGGACAAAAUUGUGCAGUACUGCCGUGAGUUCAUCCAAGACAACCUCUGCCUUUCCAACUGUCUGGGCGUCAUGCGCCUGGCCGACCUUUAUGGUCUUUCUGCCUUGAAGACGAAAGCAUGGGACAUGGCAGUGUCAAACUUCUUAGACGUCACACAGGAAGAGGAGUUCCUUAGCCUUUCCGCGCAACAGCUUGCAGAUCUACUCGGAGACGAACAUCUUAAAGUUACGAACGAAGAUGACGUUGUCAAUCCCGUGAUAAGAUGGCUUGACAAUGCCCCUGAGACCCAUCAAACAACAAUACUAAAGAUUAUACAAGAGAUCCGUUUGUCUUGCGUGAGGGUCAGUGUGCUACAGAGGCUGGAGUCACACCCUGUGAUACAGGCGUCAACAGAAUGCCUGGCAAAAAUCACAGCAGUCAGAGAGAAACACCUCCUUGCCACACAGGUAGAAGAUACAACUGGCCCUAGACGUGAAAUACCAGACAACCUGGCAAUCAUUGUCGGCGGUUGGAAUGCAAACAGGAGAUCUGGAUUCACAUUUAAAGGCGAUCCCCCCAUCAUGUAUAAUGCACAGUGGCCAACGCCCAUGGAAAGCAUAAUUUGCCUAGACCCGGACAGUGAGCAAUACUACGACAUCACUACCCUCCCAACGUAUCCUGUUUCAGGGGACAUGAGCGUGGCAAGUGCAGGAAGACACCUGUACGUGACAGGUGGGCGGGUCUAUCCUCCACUCGGCCAGGGUCCUCAUUUUGCUCCAUCCAGGCAAGCCUUUCGGUACGAUUUCCCUUCGGACACUUGGCUUAGGCUGCCUGACAUGCCUCGCGGCUGUGCAGGGCAUCAGUCAGUAGUCGUUGACGGGAAACUCUUCGUGGUCAACGCAACGAGUUCUAGUGCGGUGACCAUGGGUUGCUAUGAUCCUGAAAAGGGGACUUGGAUACAUUCCAUACAUGUGCGCCCGCCAUUGCACCCUUCAUCAAAGUUGGCGGUAACAGCCUGCGGGAACAAGGUUGUAUUCAUCGUGGCAGAGAUCACGGAUGUCGAUGACCGCUCCAACGACAUACAGAAAAGGGCAGAUAUCCAGCAAAGCAAGCCUAAGAGUCAAGGAAAACUGUGUUGCCAUGCGUUUGAUGUGAAAACCAAAGAUUGGAAGUACACCGACAUCGAGACUGAUUCCAUACAUGUGCGCCCGCCAUUGCACCCUUCAUCAAAGUUGGCGGUAACAGCCUGCGGGAACAAGGUUGUAUUCAUCGUGCCAGAGAUCACGGAUGUCGAUGACCGCUCCAACGACAUACAGAAAAGGGCAGAUGUCCAGCAAAGCAAGCUUAAGAGUCAAGGAAAACUGUGUUGCCAUGCGUUUGAUGUGAAAACCAAAGAUUGGAAGUACACCGACAUCGAGACUGGUGCCGGUAGCCUAUCCAUAUAUAAGGACGUGGAUAUUCUUACGACUGCCGUCAAUAACAAGCUUAAUAUCCGUACUGGAUAUACCCAGUAUGCAGACCUUUACAUCUACGAUGUCGAAGAGAACACCCUAGCGAAGGGUGAUGGAGGAGAUUGGAAAGAGGACGUUCUUCGCCCGCAAUGUAUGCGCGAGUACAGGCACAGCCGAUUGAGACAAGACGUCGAGGGCAUCGUGAAUACCAUUAGCUACUACAAGUUUGGAGACAACCACAGCAGAAGGCAGACGAUUGGAAGCCACCACAUCCCCACAAGGCAGACGUUUGGAGGCCACCACAUCCCCACAAGGCAGACGUUUGGAGGCCACCACAUCCCCAUAAGGCAGACGUUUGGAGACCGCUCCAUCCCUACCAAGCAAACGCCCCUUCCCUUUGCCUUAUUCGGCCACAGUUUCCUCCAGACCAAGAAGAGCCGCCUCGGGUGGUACUGCCGGGACCUUGUAGCACUGGAGAAAGACGGCAAACGAGAGCAGGGGUCACUCAGUGAGCCUACUGGAGCUACGAGCUCUAACAGAAGCAGCUACAUAGAAUUGGAUGACGGCUCCCGUCUCUUUCCAAACUACCUCCAUGGGGUCGAGCGUACCGAUCUUGCUAAACUUGACAACCAGAGAAAGGCUAGGAAAUUCCUUGACGUGAUGGUACAAGUCGAUGGUAGGGAGUUUCCCUGUCACCGGGCUGUGUUGACAUCCACGCAGUACUUCGAGACCAUGUUGUCGUCCAACUUCUCUGAGAGUAGUUCUGGGGUCAUACAGCUGCGUGAGAUAGACUCCAACAGCUUCUCCAAGAUCCUGGACUUCCUGUACACCGGGAAAAUCCGCAUCGGUAAAGAUGACGUUCAGGACAUUCUACAGACGGCACACAUGCUAUUGUUGGACAAAAUUGUGCAGUACUGCCGUGUGUUCAUCGAGGACAACCUCUGCCCGUCCAACUGUCUGGGCGUCAUGCGCCUGGCCGACCUUUAUGGUUUUUCUGUCUUGAAGAAGAAAGCAUGGGACAUGGCAACGUCAAUUUUGUCAGACUUCUCAGACAUCGCACAAGAUGAGAGGUUCCUUACCCUUUCGGCACAAGAGCUCUUAGUUUUACUCGGAGAUGAGUUCAAGCAUCCGAGAAACGAAGUCGAAGAUGACGUUGUCAGUUCUGUUCUAAAAUGGCUCGACCAUGCUGAGCACCGUAAGUCCGAAAUCCUCAUGAUUUUACAAGAGAUCCAUCUGUCUUGUGUGAGAGUCAGCGUGCUACAGAAACUCGAGUCACACCCUUUGAUACAAGAGUCCGCAGAAUGCCUGGCAAAGAUCACAGCAGCUAAGGAGAAACAUCUUCUCGGUACACAGGUAAAAGGAGAAGAUGCAAGUGUUCCUAGACGCGGGAUAUCGGACGAUCUGGCAAUUAUUGUCGGUGGUGAAGGCAGUCGGUGGAAAGCCAAUAUAAUUUGCUUUGAACCAGACUGUCAGCAAUACUACCACAUCACCACCCUCCCAACACCUGCUUCUGAGUACAUGAGCGUGGCAAGUGCAGGGAGACACCUGUAUGUGACAGGUGGGCGGGUCCAUCCCGUGGUCGGCCAGGGUCCCAAAUCUUUCUCCAGGCAAGCCUUUCGGUACGAGUUCCCUUCGGACACUUGGCUGAGGUUGCCCGACAUGCCUCGCGGCUGGGCAGAGCAUCAGUCAGUGGUCGUUGACGGUAAACUCUUCGUGGUCUACCAGACGUCUUUGAUGACCAUGGGCAUGGAUUGCUAUGAUCCUGAAGAGGGGGCUUGGAUGUACAUAAACGAGCGACCAUCACUGGGCCCUUCAUCAAAAUGGAUGGUAACAGCAUCCGGAGACAAGGUUGCUAUUAUCGUGUCAAAGGCAAAGAUCAUCCAGCGAAGAAAGUACCCUUGGGGGUGGGGGCCGUCUUGGUUAGUCCGUGUGUUGUGUGUUCAUGCGUUUGAUGUGAAAACCAAAGAUUGGAGCUACGCCGAUAUCCAGAUGGAUAAAGUCCAGUCAAGCCAGUCUGUGGAGGAGGACGUGGACAUCCGCACUACAACUGACACUGACAAGCUUUAUAUCCGUACUGGAUGUACCGAGGAAUCCGACUUAUACAUCUUCGAUGCCAAAGAGGAGACCCUAACGAAGGGUGAUCAACGAGAUUGGCAUGAGAACGUCCUUUGCGUGCAAUGUAAGCGCAGCUACCGCUACGUGAAACAGAAGGACGAGGGUAACGGCAUCGUGGAUACCAUUUGCUACGAGCUUAGAGACAACAACAGCUCAACGCAGACGUUUGGAGCCCACCACAUCCCCGAAAGGCAGACGCCUCGAGACCACUCCAUCCCCGCAAGUUCAAAACAGACGUUCAGAAAACUCGACACAUAUGAUGGUGGUGGUCUCGUACGAGUACCACCACCACCCCCACGAGACCUCCACAUCCCCACAAGGCGGACGUUUGUAGCCCAGCAGACGCCCCUUCCCUUUGUCUCAUUAGGCCACAGCUUCCUCCAGACCAAGAAGAGCCGCCUCGGAUGUACAAGGGUGAUAACCCCUACAAUGGCCCGCAGAAGGAGAGACAGAGAAUCAGACGACUAUGAUGAAUUGGACCAGAUAAGUACUACAUGUAUGACCUUGACUGAUUCUGCACCUGAUAACCCGUGCUACGAAAGUACAAGGCCGCCAGUACCCCCACCAUUCCGCAGAAGGUGCUAUAUGGAAUCUGAUGACAGUACGCCGCCGCCGCCAGUGCGUAUACGCCCACCACCCCCACGAAUACGAUACCGCAGAAGGUGCUACAUGGAAUCUGAUGACAGUACACCGCCGCCAGUACCUAUACCCCCACCACCCUCACCUCCCCCACCAUACAUGGAAUCUGAUGACGGCUCCCGUCUCUAUGCAAACUACCUCCAUGGGGUCGAGCGUACCCAUCUUGCUAAACUUGACAACCAGAGAAAGGCUAGUAAAUUCCUUGACGUGAUGGUACAAGUCGAUGGUAGGGAAUUUCCCUGUCACCGGGCUGUGUUGGAAUCCACGCCGUACUUCGAGACCAUGCUGUCGUCAGACUUCUCUGAAAGUAGUUCUGGGGUCAUACAACUGCGUGAGAUAGACUCUAACAGCUUCUCCAAAAUCCUGGACUUCCUGUACACCGGGAAAGUCCGCAUCGGUAAAGAUGACGUCCAGGACAUUCUACAGACGGCACACAUGCUAUUGUUGGACAAAAUUGUGCAGUACUGCCGUGUGUUCAUCGAGGACAACCUCUGCCCGUCCAACUGUCUGGGCGUCAUGCGCCUGGCCGACCUUUAUGGUUUUUCUGUCUUGAAGAAGAAAGCAUGGGACAUGGCAACGUCAAUUUUGUCAGACUUCUCAGACAUCGCACAAGAUGAGAGGUUCCUUACCCUUUCGGCACAAGAGCUCUUAGUUUUACUCGGAGAUGAGUUCAAGCAUCCGAGAGUUACGAAUGAGGACGAUGUCGUCAACUCUGUGUUAAGAUGGCUCGACCAUGACCCUGAGAAACGUCAAAUAGCAAUCCCAAUGAUAUUUAAAGAAAUACGUCUGUCUUGCGUGAGGGUCAGUGUGCUACAGAAGCUGGAGUCACACCCUGUGAUACGUGAGUCCGCAGAAUGCCUAGUAAAAAUCACAGCGGCUAAGGAGAGACAUCUUGUUGGUACACAGGUAGCCUGGGGAGAAGAUGCAAGUGUUCCUAGACGCCGACGCGGGAUAUCGGACGAUGUGGCAAUUUUUGUGGGUGGUUGGAAGGCAGUCGGUGGAAAGCCAACGCCCCUGCAAAGCAUAAUUUGCUUUGAUCCAGACUGUCAGCAAUACUACUACAUCACCACCCUCCCAACAAUUGCUUCCGAGUACAUAGGCGUGGCAUGUGCAGAGAGAAGCCUGUACGUGACAGGUGGGCGAGUCCAUCCUGUGAUCGGCCAGGGUCCCCAAUCUUUCUCCAGGCAAGCCUUUCAGUACGAUUUCCCUUCGGACACUUGGCUAAGGCUGCCUGACAUGCCUCGCGGCUGGGCAGGGCAUCAGUCAGUGGUCGUUGACGGGAAACUUUUCCUGGUCUACGCGACGUCUUUGAUGACCAUGGAUUGCUAUGAUCCUGAAGAGGGGGCUUGGAUGAACAUACACGUGCGACCGUCAUUGCGCCCUUCAUCGAACUGGAUGGUAACAGCAUUCGGGGACAAGGUUGUUAUUAUCGUGUCAAAGGCAAAGAUCACUGACGUAGAAGAUGGUCGCUGCUCGGGGCUUCGUGCAUCCAGCGAAGAAAGUACCCUUGGGGGCGGGUCUUGGUUAGUCCGUCCCCGGCGCAAACCCUCUAAACCGUCUACGCCAAUUCAAGAAGGUGGACUUGGGAUCAAGGGAAAGUUGUGUGUUCAUGCGUUUGAUGUGAAAACCAAAGAUUGGAGCUACGCCGAUAUCCAGAUGGAUAAAGUCCAGUCAAGCCAGUCUGUGGAGGAGGACGUGGACAUCCGCACUACAACUGACACUGACAAGCUUUAUAUCCGUACUGGAUGUACCGAGAAAUCCGACUUAUACAUCUUCGAUGCCGAAGAGGAGACCCUAACGAAGGGUGAUCUACGAGAUUGGCAUGAGAACGUCCUUUGCGUGCAAUGUAAGCGCAGCUACCGCUACGUGAAACAGAAGGAUGAGGGUAACGGCAUCGUGGAUACCAUUUGCUACGAGCUUAGAGACAACCACAGCUCAAGGCAGACGUUUGGAGCCCACCACAUCCCCGAGAGGCAGACGCCUAUCAUCAUAUCACCUAUCAAGCACAUCCAAGGAGCACAUCCCAGGCAGGCGUCUGUAGUCCAGCAGACGCCUGUAGUCCAGCAGACGCCCCUUCCCUUUGUCUCAUUAGGCCUCAGCUUCCUCCAGACCAAGAAGAGCCGCCUCGGAUGGUACUGCCGGGACCUUGCAGCACUGGAGAAAGACGACGAGCGAGUGAAAUCAGACA